AUGAGCCUACCUUUAUUGCGCUUUUUGCAGAUGAAUUGCAAAGAUAUUGACUUUGACAAUGUUUUCCUCAGUGAUCCGAGCGCGACAGAGAGCAGCAGCAGUCCUUAUUUGACAGCCUCUGAUAACAUGCUUAUCGACCCCGCAUACUGGAAUCAACAUCCUCCUCGAUUCCAUUAUCUGAUUCAACAGAUUUCUACUCUACUGCCUGCUUUAGAGUCUGACCUGGGCACACAGAACCACAAUUGGGUUGCCGACCUUUUUGUCAAGGAUGUGCAGGCCACCACACUGGCAACGACCCCAAUCGCAGACAGCGCUGGCUCGAUUACAGAGCCCGAAUCCGAAGAGAUCGCAGCGCCAGCACACACCGCCUCCGCUGUUGCAGUCACUGCAACCGCCACUACCACAAUCCCAUCUGCAGAUGAUGGUUCCACUACUGAGCCUGAAUCUGACACAGAGUUCGUGCCUCCUUCCAUCUCCACUCUUACAGCUGCAAUCAAGACCGAAGUUCGAUUCACCUCAGGGCUGUCGUCAACUCCAGCAAGCACCACUAUGCCACCACGUCUCGAACGGCUCGAUCCACGAUCGUUCUUUGCUACCCCAAGUCCCCCUCCUCCAAAUUCGAUCUACUGGAAAUAUGUCACGCGUGAAGAAGACUCAAAGUGGUAUGACCGUGCGGGUGUUGAUGAUAGCUUUACAGUUAUACGCCAGCGGAAGCAGGAGCUGCAGGAAUUGUUAGAUCAUGAUGAAUGA